CCAAAAUAGAAAAAGAACAGCCUCACAAUCUGCUGCCAAGUUCACCAGGGCAUUCGAAAACCGGCGGGAUAUUACAAAAAUAUUUGUUUCUAAAUCAAUUGAACUAGCGCCUCUCCAGAGUAAACAAUCGAAUUCUGUUCCGAGUAUAACUAAUUAAUCGAAGAAAAUAUUGCUUCCAUUCAGAAAGCAAUCACAUAAAAUAUGGGCUUGCGAAAAAAAAUUCAAAAACAAAACUAGACCGCAAAUAAAGUGUGCUUUGUGAAAACAAGACCCCUUAGAAGUUUUUCGGAAAAAAAAACUUUUUAUGUGUGGCAAAAGUUUUUUGAAUUUACCUGGCCUUUAUUCUUUGCUUACAUCAUUACGAAUCGUGGGCAAAAAAUGUUUGGCCGAUAAUGAACUUAAAACACCUAGGUGAGCAGUCAACGGGAGUUCCAAUAGGUUUGCCGAAAGAACACUUCGGUAGGAAGUAUUGAAAAUAAAAAUUUAAAUUAACUUUAAGUUACGCGGAAACAGGCAUUCGUGUGAAAAACUCAACAAUCAAUUGAAACCCUGGAUGAUUGACAUUGGUCGAGUGAAAUAGUUUGGUGGGCCAACAAAAAAUAUAUAUGAAAACUUAUUACCUUUCCUGUGAAAUGUCUAAACAAUUGUCAAAAGCAAUGCAAUCAAUAUAUGCCAUUGAAUAAUUGAAAUAGUGGGAAAAAAACGUGCAAAAUUGGAGUAUACAGUGUGUUGGAAAUAAUACAGAAUACAAAAAAUGACUUUAACAACUGCAAAUAUGGAUAUGGACUUUAUGGGCAAUAUAUCAGCGACAACGGACGCGGAUUUUACCCCAACUUCAGGAGAAGGCAAUACUAUGGAUUAUAAUGCGAGUGGUGAUGCAACCCAUAUGGAUACGAAUGACACGGUUGGCGAGGACGAGGAGAUGCUGAGGAUAGCUUUCUUUAUAGGGGACUUUGUACACCAAUACUAUAUCCCCGUAGUCUGCUGCACGGGCAGCAUUGGGAAUAUCCUCUCCGUGUUUGUCUUCUUCAGGACCAAGUUAAGGAAAUUAUCCUCCAGUUUUUACCUGGCCGCCCUGGCCGUGAGUGAUACAUGCUUUUUGGCCGGACUCUUCGUCCAGUGGCUGAACUUCCUCGACUUGAAUGUCUACAAUAGGAACUACUUCUGCCAGUUCUUCACCUUCUUUAGCUAUUUGGCCAGCUUCUGCUCCGUCUGGUUUGUGGUGGCCUUCACCGUGGAGCGCUUUAUAGCGGUCAUCUAUCCACUGAAACGCCAAACCAUGUGCACCGUUCGCCGGGCCAAGAUCGUGCUGUUCUUCCUGACCCUCGUCGGUUGUCUGCACUGUCUGCCCUAUAUAGUGAUUGCCAAGCCGGUGUUUGCGCACAAACUAAACGCAACCAUCUGCGAUAUUAACCCGGAAUACAAAGAACAACUGGCCCUCUUCAACUACUGGGACUCGAUUGUCGUCUAUGCGGUGCCCUUUACCACCAUCGCCGUUCUGAACACCUGUACAGGUUGCACGGUCUGGAAAUUCGCCACCGUUCGCCGAACGCUGACCAUGCACAAGAUGAAGCCCCAAGCGAACAGCAUGCCGUCGAACUCGUCGAACUCAUCCGGCGGAGCGUCUGCAGUGGCCUCGUACCGCCUUUCGGCAUCCCUGAAGCGCCAGAAGUCGACGGGAACGCAUCCAAGCGGACAGCACAAUGUGGCCAACAGACAGACGGAUGAGCAGGAACAACAGCAGCCACAGCAGCAACAACAUCAGAUAAACAAUUGCCAACACCAUGGCGAGAUUACACAGAAACCAGCUCGUCGCAAGGUGCAAAACUCAUCGCAGAUCAAGGUAACCAAAAUGCUGCUAAUUGUCUCAACGGUUUUCGUCUGCCUCAAUUUGCCCAGCUGCCUUCUGCGCAUCGAAGCCUAUUGGGAGACGGAAUCGGCCAGAAACGAGAACUCGACACUUGCACUUCAAUAUAUUUUUCACGCUUUCUUCAUCACCAACUUCGGCAUAAAUUUCGUGCUUUACUGCGUCAGCGGACAGAAUUUCCGCAAAGCCGUAUUGAGCAUUUUCAGGAGGGUUUCAUCCACCCAACGGGAGGCGGGAAACACCCAAGUUACAGUUUCUGAAUAUUGUCGUAACACCGGAACAUCCACCCGUCGACGAAUGAUGACGCAGCAUUGUUGGAACGAAAUGCACGAGUUGCAUCCACUAAAGUGAAUUGCAGAGCUUACAGCAUAAUAUAAUAAUAAACAAAGAGGCUCCAAAGGCCAAUGAAAAAUGGGAAAUUGCGAAAUACGCCGCGGGAUAAGCAGGAAUUUCGUUUUUAAUUAGAUUUCAGCAAACAUAAUAUAAGCGCAAGAGAAGGUAAAAAUUAGUUUACACAGUCAAGAAUUAAAAACGCAAAUAUUUGUUUGUGAUGUCAAGGCCAAGCAAAAUUAAAUGAGAAUCAAACUUUAGAAUGUAUACACCGAAUUAUAUCUAUUUAAGUGUUUAACUAACCAUGUACUAAUAACAUAGUUAACUUUUGUUUUGCUUCCGUAACUGUACGCAUAUUUAGAAAGCUGUUAGAUAAGAAAAACCAAUCCAAUUCAAAUCCGCACGCUAAACUAAUUGAAACCUAACCACAGAAACGCAAUUUGAAAACGUCAAACGUAAAACCCAAUAGAUUAGAUUAAUAAAAACGUAUUUCUGUCUAACCAACCAACACGAAAAU